UUUAAUUGUGCCCCCUUUGCUGUGGAGCUCAUUCCACAUGAUACUGUCUCUCAUUAACCUUUAACAUAUUGUGAAGUGCCUUGUGGCAAAACCAAUACAAAGCUGUUCAGCAACUUAUAUACAUGCUCAAGCUCUGAAUCAAAUAUCUUCUGAUGUGCUGCUUACUGGCCUGUUUUUUAAUUACGCCUCUGUACCAGCUACAGUCGUACCUCGAGGCGAACGUCCAUCCAUCCUAUUUUUGUGAACGCAAUAUCUCAGUAAGACCUGGAGGGAAUUUUUUCAAAUUUGGCACAGUUGUACACUUGGCCUCCAGGAUCAAAUCGAGUUUGGUGGUCAACAGCAACACUGAGAUGACAGGAAAAACGGCCACAACUCAUAAAUUCAUACAGCUUUUCACACUGGUGUCUAACUUAUUUAUAAAGUAGCAACGGCAUUUUAUAUCCAUUUUUCUGGCCUUUAUUUAAUGUUUUUACUUAGAAACAGAAGCAGAGACUCUGACUAGGAAUCACAUUUGGCUAGAUUCGGAGUUGGUGACUUAAAUCUUGGGUGCCCAACUUAAAAAUGCGGUGUGUUUUUUUUUUUUUUUUACAGACUUUCAGUGCUGCUUCUUAGAAGAUAGGUGUGAAUCAUCCAUAUGUUUUAGCUUCUUCGCAGCAACAUCCAUAUUGGAUACAUUGCUGACAAUCAUGGGUAAAACCCUGGAUUCUGUCUUUGUCGGCUCUAUCUCUCAAUGAACUUAGCGACUUCAGAGUUUGAGUAGAUGUGACAGCAAAUUUCAACUUCCCUCAUUGUCAGAAGGAUACAACCAAAGCGGAGCUAAUUCUAGUCAUAACUGCUGUAGAAAACGAUUCUUAAACAAUUGUAAGUGCUGCCAUAGUCCUGUGUGGCAUUUGGUGUCACAAUUACACUUCUGUAUUUGUUAUUUCUCAGCCAGAGCUCCUUUGAGUAAAGCUCCUGAAUCAAUAUUACCACAAUGCACAUUAAACCCAUAAACUGGCUCGUUGAAUGUGAAAACAUAUAAUAUUCACCCUUGACAAUUGAAAGAAGGGAUUAAGAAGCAGUUAAUAUGUGUCUGUAAUUAAUUUCAAGACUUGUCUGAAUUUCUGAAAGAAUUAAGGCGCACACAAGCGAUGCAGGUGACGUCCACCAGCCCCCAGACCAUCCAGAAGGCCAAGGGGGAAAGCGUGACUCUGGGCUGCAGCUACACGCCGAGUCCUUUUGAUAUCGGAGAGCUUGAUAUUGAGUGGUCUGUGGUCAGUCCAGACACCACACAGAAAGAUCAAAUGCUUCUAUCCUAUACCGGCGGCAUUAAAUAUUUGCAUGGUCUUGCGAAAGGCCUCAGUUUUGCUACUGGUGACCCCUCAGCUGGCGAUGCUUCGCUCUCAAUCGCUGUACUCUCGCCUGCUCAUACUGCGACCUACCAGUGUAAAGUUAAGAAAUCACCCGGAGUGGACAUGCUCAAGAUGUCUCUGGUGGUAAUGGUGAAGCCGUCUGUACCUAAGUGCUGGGUGGAGGGAGGGGAGCUGGUCGGAGAGGCUGCGUUGCUGCACUGCCAGUCGGCGAAAGGCUCCACUCCCUUGAAGUACACUUGGAGGCGAGAAAGUGCAGGACCCGUCCCUGCUGCAGCCACACAGAACAGUGCAACCGGGGAGCUGAAAAUCAGCAACCACUCGCUGAGCUUUGCAGGAAUCUACAUCUGUGAGGUGAACAAUGCCGUUGGAUCCGAACACUGCAGGAUCAACCUGAAAGCCAACAAACCUCCAAACAGAGCUGCGGUGAUAGUCGGUACCAUUGUGGGUUCGCUGCUUCUCAUCUUCAUCCUGCUGGUCUUCAUCGUGCUUCUUUACUGGAAGUUCAACAGCAGACGUCGCUAUGAGAAGGAGUUCUCCAAUGAGAUCAGGGAGGACUCGGCGCCUCCGGAAAGCCGUCCGGUCAGCCGUCGGAGCACCGGUCAGCGUCCUCAUGUCAUUUAUUGUCCAGUGGACGGGGCUGAGCUGAGCUCAUUCAGCGACGGAAGCCCAAACUCUCCAUCCAGCGUCACCCACGGCCACACGCCGGUCAUUCAGUAUGACAGCAAGUACGGAUACGCCGUGUGACAGCAGCUUUGAAGAAAUAAAAAAGGAAAAAAAUUCAUCUCCUUUUGUACUGCUUGAAUGGGAGCUUCAGGACACUUUGGACACCUGAAGCUAAAAUUUGGGAGCCACAGCAGUCUGAGCUUAAUUAACUGAAUUCAAAGCUUUGCUGCAUGAUGCUUUCCUGAUAACACUGUUCAAUUUAAUUGCUUUAAGAUAAUCUCAGUGACGGGGAAAACUUCUUCUGUUAGUUAAUUAUGUGUCAUUGUUCAUUCAACACAUAGGUGAAUGUCACUGCCUGUCAAGCCGGUGUUCAAAGCAUAUCAAUAUACAGCUUCGGAGGGAAUUAUUAGAACAUCGUGACCACUGGUUUCUAUCUCUUUGUUGAUCUUCCUGAAGUAAAACUGUUUCCUUGUUAAGGCUGUAAUAGACACUAUGUUGUUCCCAAGCUGAUACAUGGUGACUUUGUAACUGAAUUUCUCUUCAGUAAGCACCAACAUAUCUGUCUUCUUACUAUUUUUCUUGCUACAUGAUAAUUUAGCUUGAAUAUUAUCAGUUGGUUUUAUAUUUACAGCUUGCACACUAAAUAAUAGUGAGUUUUCAACCAUUCAGUGUGAAUUUUGACAUUUUACAGUUCAAAAGCGUCUUAUUUAAAGAGAAUACAUUGCAUGCAUUGAAUUAUUCUGAGUUUCUUCACGUAUUUUAGAAGAUACUGUAAUUAUUUAACCAUUAUAUUACAUUUCAAACAAGACUAUGAAUAUUGAAGGCCUACUCUGUAGAUGUUGUAAAAGAAUACAGCCAGUGGUGUAACAGUUAUCUCUAAGGCUGUACGUUAAAUGUAAUGAUGAAUUAAUUCAAGGAGUAAUAAUUCAGCUUAAACUGUAUCUGUUAACUUUAUCGACACAGCCAUCUAGUGCGAAUUCGGACAUUUUUACAUACAAAAAACAACAGAAUUACAGCAUGUAUUGAAUUUGAGAUUGUUGUGGGGUUUUUUUUAAAGAAAAUGCUGUAAUUAUACAGAAACUAUGAUAAAAUGCAAAUAAAACUACAAUUUUGAAGGCC